UUCCUUUCUAAAGCGUAGCGCUCUCGCGAUAUCGUCGGUGUGGUUGACAGGCAGUCGAGGUUGCAGCAGGCUGAGGGAGACGGUGGAAGGUAAGCAGGAGGCAGCAUCAUGGCGGACAGAGACAGUGGCAGUGACCACGGAGGGCUGGCCACAGGCCCCGGCUCCCUGCCUCCGGGCGCGAUGGGCGCCGCGGCAAGACUGCAACACGACACCGAGGAGCUCGCGUCAAAGCGAGUCGACAUCCAGAAUAAGCGCUUCUACCUAGACGUGAAGCAGAAUGCAAAAGGCCGCUUCCUAAAGAUAGCCGAGGUCGGAGCUGGGGGAAAUAAGAGCCGCCUCACUCUCUCUAUGUCAGUGGCAGUGGAGUUCCGUGACUAUCUCGGGGACUUCAUCGAACAUUACGCCCAGCUGGGCCCGAGCAACCCGGAUAUAGUGCAGGAUGAGCCCCGGCGUGCCCUCAAGAGCGAAUUUCUAGUGCGAGAGAAUCGCAAAUAUUACAUGGAUCUGAAAGAGAACCAGAGGGGGCGGUUCCUAAGGAUCCGUCAGACCGUUAAUCGGGGGCCCGGAUUGGGAAGUGCACAAGGCCAAACCAUCGCGCUUCCAGCGCAGGGACUUAUCGAGUUCCGUGACGCUUUGGCCAAACUCAUCGAUGAUUACGGUGUGGACGAGGAACCGGCAGAACUACCCGAAGGCACUUCCUUGACUGUUGACAACAAACGCUUUUUCUUCGACGUGGGUUCUAACAAGUACGGAGUGUUCAUGCGGGUCAGCGAGGUGAAGCCUACCUACCGGAACUCCAUCACUGUUCCGUGCAAAGUGUGGUCCAAAUUCGGCAACACGUUCUGUAAAUAUGCCGAGGAGAUGAGAAAGAUCCAGGAGCGGAGUAGAGAGAAACGGGCCUCCGAACUCCUACCGGAGGGCCAACAUGGUGACGACGGGGACGAUGAUUGACGGAUUACCGGCUUGAGCAGAAAUAAAUAACAACAAACAACAGACUUUAUAAUCAGACUUUUACUGUAAAAUAUAAAGAGAGAAUUCCAAGGGAACCACCCCACACACAACCUUCACAGUCAGACUGGCAGUAGCCUACUGUCUCGUCGUUCAUUGCUGGAUGUCACCCACUUACCAACCAUUUUAACAGUAAGCCGCUGCUAUCAAUAACUUGUUUGAACUGUAAAAUAUGAACUGUUUCCUACUUGAUUUAAAUGACAAUGAACAGAGUGUUUAUUGCUCUAACAAACAACCCGAUUUUGCACACGUCCAAGCUAUUUCGAAAAGGUUUCCAAAGUGCAAAACGAAAAAAACGUAAAUUGGAAAUUACGAAGAUCUCCAUGUAAACCAACAUUUGACAUCAGCACAAAUAUAUAUAUAUAUAUAUAUAUAUAUAUAUGAUAAAUUACUUUACCAAACCAAUAUCUGAAAUCAGUUGUAGUUUAUUAAUAUAAGGUACGCAGGAAAUAAAAAGUAAAGCGCUAUCUACUAACGUGUACUGCAGAACGCAACGCACAGACUGAAAAAAUAGACACUUCUGCCAAUAUGCGUAGGCCUAAAUCUCUUUUUAAAAGGCAUUUGGGAAAGUUAUAGUGUUUAAUUUAAUCGAAAAUAUAGUUAUGAAAAGCGUUUCUAUCAUGUCAUAGGCCUACAUUAUGGAGUCUUUUAUGAGGAGAGCAGAGUCGAUAUAGGCCUAAACGGGAUAAAAGCAUCUUUACUAUUGAAUAUCAACCCUUUUGCACCAUUUCCAUUCAAAUUUGGAACAAUGGUUAGAUAAAAAAUGUGCUAACUUAGAUAUACUAAUUAUGAUUUUGUGAAUCAGCUGUAUUUAAAUCCUAAAAUGCCCACGUUUUCUGUGGGCGAGUUUUCUUUUUCGGGGGGAGGGUGGGAUGGGGCACAAAAACCAGAUGCUCAACCGGUGAUGGCAGCGCGAGACGCGUAAAAAGACGCAUCAGCGCGCGGCUACAUGCAUGCUGAGCCGCGAGGGCGCAUCCUCUCUGACGUCAGAACAACCUGGUGCCUUAUACACUCCACUCGUUUACGUGCUUCACAUUGUGGUCGAUGUUAAUGAUAUCUCUCUCGACCACUGUAUGUUUUCAUUUGUGAGUUCUGUACUGUUUGCUGUAUGGCUAUUGGUCAACACUAACAAGCCAAACCAGAGAGGCCCUUUUCUGUAGCCUGUCUCCCUCCACAGGCAGGAGAGCAGAGAAUGGCCCCUAGAACAGCAACAGCAGCAGGACUUCUAAUGUGAGCAUGGAUAGUCAUCAGAGAUGUGGGGUUGUGUCUGUCCACCUCUUGCACCAUGUAAAAUGUAACUGGACGUAUACAGUAGUCAGUCAGUGGGGAUGAGAUGGAGACGGAUGAUGGGUGGAUGCCCUAAGAGCCCCUUGUGAGGUUUUUCUGGAUGUAGGCCAAAAGGCCAAGGCAGUAUCUUUCUAUGGUGCUACAGCUCCAAUAUAAUCCAAACUAGACCGGGCUUGCUGGUCUAAUUUGUCACUGCAUUAUUUGAUUUCUCAACGUUACUCUCCAUAUGUUGUCAGAGCAGCAGUCUCCCCAUAGACAGGGUGAUGACAGACAGUGAGGACAUUACUUUAUAGUGUGCAAUAUUGUACGUGCCAAUCGUGGCAUUGUAUGUUGUAUAGACAAAAAAAAAGGCAAAUAUAUAUGUGAUUGAUAUUUUAAAAGCAUGAGGCUGAAUUCUGCAUUGUUACAGAAAUGUGAAGUCUUUCUCUGCAUUUAAGUGAAAAGGUUUCAAACUAGUGUGAGAUUUCCCAUCACUUUCAUAUACAGUAACCCACUGUUUUUCAGUGAGUGUAGGCACGUUUCUGCUGUUUCUCUUUCCACAGAAUCGCUACAGUGACAUAAGCUUUCUGAUUUGUGGGGGGGGGUAAGCGAUCUCCUCAUCUUCAGGUCAGUGUUAGAAGCACAGUCCUGCCCCUUCUGAGUGUCUUAUAAUUUAAUUGAGUAGUAUCAUGAAACUUUUUAGUUUUACUGGGAUAAAUUAUCCCAAGUCAGAAGGAGAAAAGUUCAAUGAAAAUGACACGAUGUCAACAAAUUGAUGUGGUGACAGAGGGGGUUGCCCUGACGAUGAAGAGACCAACCAUUCUUCCAGGGGUGAAGACAGAAUCAUUUUGACAGUUACCCAGCAUUCCUUGCUCUCAGUCCACCAGUAAACAAUGCCAUAGAGGAUUUCUUUAAGCGUUGAUUAACAAUCAGUCAGCUAGGUUAACCAUCAGUAGCUGGAUUUAGAGCAUCACAGGGUGGCUUGGAUUAGUUUAGGUGAUCUAAACCUACUGCACUGUACUGUACUGCCAUCAGGCCGGCUGGCGUGAUGUUGAGGACAGACUGAGCAGCAGUAGGUAGGUCUGCUAUAAUUCCACCAGCCAUUUGGAUUCGGUCAGAGUUACAACUGUAAGAAAGAGGCCUCGAGAUGCAUGGGUCCCUAUGUGGGGCCCCAUAUAGGACCCCUAUUAAAUGGCCCUUUACUAGGCUAGCAUUUAAGCUUCAUGGGUUUCUCUCCUCUUUUGGAGAGAAACCCAUGACUGCCUAACACUGCCCCAGAAUUUCAGAGAGAUCUUUUACAUAGCAGGUAAACUGCGGAUUUGACUCAGUUGUGCUCUACACAUAUAAAGAACAUUUUGAAGCCAGAAUUCAGUCAAACCUCCACUACCGCUGUGAAAGACCAAAUACUAUUCCUACACAGUAAAUGCUUGAUUGAAUUUAGGCUUUAAAUGCGAGACAUUAAGCCUGGAAAUUCAAUACACCAUUUUCACAACUCUCUUACUGGCCAGCCCUAGAGAGACGAAGGCUAUAGUCAAUCAGAUCAAGUGUUAACUGGCGAUAGCCAACAUCCGCAUAGCUGAUGUUUUGGCGGUGUCCGAAGUGGAACUGCGUUGUAGCUGUCAAAUCGGUGAGCAGCAGCUCUUGAGAUCAUUGUCAUCAAGCCACACCCGUCCCACUCGCGUUAGAAGUUUAGAACGAGAAAGUGUAGGCUAUAUAGAAAUAAUGACGUUCAAGUUGAAAAUCAUUUAACAUUUAAUGAGGAUUUCUAUCAGCUUAAUUGAGCUGUAGAUUACAUCUCACAUUCCAGUGUUUGAACUUGUAAAUAUGACUCCAUGGGAUUUCUCUUAAUGCGACUUCGUGCUGCCAAUAGCAAUGUGCGCUUUAGGUAUGAUGCCGGGAGCCACUUGUGGAUUUGACAGCUCUAACACGGUUCCACCUCCGACACUUCAAAAUAUCAGCUAUGUGGAUGUCGGCUAAAGCGGAUCUGAUUUAAUGGGGCCAUAAUUCUAACUCAUUCAGCUCACGUUUUACGUUUGUAUGCCUCGCUCUGUAAAACGCACAUAAAAAAUAAAUAAAAAUUAAACAAAAGUGAUUAUUUUUUUGUCAGUUCACAAGGUGCUACUGGGUCCGUUCUGGUUCCGGAGUGGCAUGGUUCUGUGUAAUAGAUUCUAGAACACUGCCUAUUUUAAAGGAUCAACACAGUGUUGGGUAAGAACCAACUGCCACGGUUUAGAGCUGAUGAUUUCACCAUGUUGCUCACAUUGCAGUUAAUCAAUGGGGCACAAAAUGGACGGCAGGUGUUUUUGUUCCAUAAUCAAAACCUGCAGUGGGUUGAUUGUAACUGUGCAGCAGCAUGGCUAGUUCAGUUCAGUGUAACAUUGGUGGUGGUGAUGGUGCUUGUGCUGUUUGCAUCAGAGAGAGAUGUCUUAGAAUUGAUUAACUAUUAGAGGUGCUUUGUUCUUCUUAUUUGUACUAGUUCUUAAAUGGUGGGAAUGUGUGUUUUGAUCUAAACAACAGCUGCAUGACCAUGGUAACAACCUCUACCAGUCCCUUUAGAGGUGUGGUCUUCUGGAAUCUCUCCCACUACAAUUUCAACUUCCAUUCAUUCUACGAAGCUGUUUAAAGAUCCAUUAAAUUUUGUUUCAGUGUUCUAUUGUCGCUAUGACGUUUCUCUGGUCCUUCAAGUUCAGACCAAUCACUCACAGACAACGUCUAUAAUGGGCAAGGCCAAUUACAAUCUUGUUUGUGAAGCCAACAGUCACCUUGACCAUUACUAGCUCAGCACACAUUCUGUUUUGCACAUACCAAUGCAGAGUCCUUCAUGUAUGCAGACUGUAUAGGCUACUGUUAUGUACAGGGACGAGACAUUGGGAAAAGGAUCUAUAAAAGUCAAUGGGGAGGAAGAGGGUCAAUGCACAAUGAACAUAUCCCAUGUCACCGUAUGGUCUAACUACCCUUUAUCAACCCUAUAUGAUAUGUUGCACCUUUCAAAAUAUUUUAUCUGUGGUGUGUGUGUGUAUAUGAUGAUCCUUGUUUCAGAAAAAUAUAACAUAUAAACAGGAAAAGCAUAUUGCUGUUUUUUUCUUUUGUAUUUUAUACUUACAGAAAGCAUUGAAUAAAAUGGAUAAAUACUUGCACUUUAGAUAUAUUAAGGAGAAGAAAAAAAAAUCGGCAUAUUAUUUUUGAUAGGGAUCUCACAUUCAGAGAGUAUAAAUUACUUUCCAGGCUUUGUGACAUUGCUGGACAGAGAUGUAUCAAGUUCUUCUACUUAUUGAAGUAUAUUUUGUCUGUGUUUCAGAAGGUUUACUAAAGUAAAUUGCAUGAUAAAGUAGUGUUACACCAAUAUUGAUAUUUUUUAGUUGGUAUAAAGGUCUGAAAACUGUGAUGUACCAUGUUUAACUUUCCCCCCCAUACAUUCUAGAGUAGUUCUUACUGAUUUAUGGCCUUUCCUGACUACAUGACGAUGGUGCUUAAUUUGGCUUUGAAAAAUCUGCUCAUCCUACAUUUGACAUCAUCAUAACUUGUAUCUUACUGUACUUCAUUACUUUGUUUAUGUACUUUCACUACCUUAUUAAAUUUUAGUUGAUGGCAAAACGUGUGCUGUUUUGUACGUUGUUGUUUUAAUGUUGGAAAAGCCUUUGUCGUCUGAAAAUGACUAAUUGCAAUAAACAGGCAUUCCUCAUG